CUCGCUUGGAAGGCCUGAUUCGGCAUUGCAUAUGGUGUAAUACCGAAAUAAACAAGCGAUCGCGGUUAAAUCGCCAACGUAUCAAAAUCAGUUAACAAGAACCCAUAUCAUCAAUUGAGAAUAUAACCUACUAUGUAGAUGUGCGAGGCUAGGACAAACCCCUGGAGCCCCACAUGUGGCCGCUUUGCCUUAUUAGAAACGUAGUACGGUCCUUAUCGACCGAACAGACUGAACAAGAGCGGUUUAGCACAUAUCCUUUUGGAAUUCCUUAGAAAGAGAAAUGAUCUAUCAAGUCGUGUUAGUGUCUGUGGGCCUUGUCGCGCAAGCUUCAGCAGCAUGUAGCCGAGCAGUGCUUCAAGACGCUGUGGUAGCAUACAUUCAGGCGCAAGCUGCAGGUAACCCGAGUCUGCUGCCACAGGCAAAGAAUGUCAGUUAUGCAGAGAACGAUGUUUCUACCGAUAUCACGAAGGGUGUUCUGAGCCAGGCAAUUACCAUCGACUUCAACCGCAGCAUUUUCGACACUACGGAGUGUUCUACCUUUACGGAAAUCUCAGCGGCGACAAACAAGCAUCCAUAUGUUAUCGAAACGCGGAUGACUCUCUCCGGCGCCAGCGUUACAUCUAUCCAGUCAGUUGUCGCGGACAGCGGCGACUGGGCAUUCAAUGCGGCAGGACAACUCUCAUGGGCCAAAAAGGAGAAGUGGGAUCCCAUUCCAGAAGGCAAGCGAGACAGCCGCGCUGUCAUCAAGGCCGCCGGAGACGCCUACCUCGACAGCUGGGCAGAUGGCAAGGUGAAGGUCCCGUAUGGCACUCCUUGCGCGCGCCUCGAAGGUGGUUCGUACACGGGAGAUAAGAAUGCGUCAGCAAACACUUGCCACAUGCCUGAAUUCCCGAAGCCGUUUCCUGGCGUCGCGAACAGACGCUACGUCAUCGACGAGGAAAUGGGUGGUCUUGGGAUCUUCAACGAUUUUCCAUUCAUCGAUAAAACGAGGCCGAACGGCACACCUAGCACCAACCUCCUCAAAGUCGAAGGCGGCCAGAUUCGUUUCAUUCACGAGACAACGGUGUGUGCAACACGCAACUGUGGGAGAUAG